UUUCUGAACGCUGCGGCUAAUGCUGGUCGCUGGAUACAAUGCUGCAGCGGAGGAUUGUGCCUGGAACCCUGGGAGCUUUGGCGCUCUGAGAACGGAACCUGGCGAGCGGGGCGGAGUUUUGCCCGGGGAUGCGCCUACAAGCAAUUUGGAAAGUGGAAUUUGUGACUUACAAUGUGAUUGCUGCUUGCCUAUAUACAAUCCAGGGAAAGACAAUUUUUGUUUAUUUUUUGUGACUCGGUUAUGUGCUGACCACACUUAUUCCCAUACAUAGGAACCUCUUAUAUUGUUUUGGAGUUUGGAGCAGGACAUGGCCAGUGAUUGGUGACUAUGGCUCGCUGGAAGCUGCAAGCAAGUUAGCAAUGGUCGGUCAGUAGAGGAACCUCUCCCCAGUAGGUUCUCAGGCGGGUGGGGCCCAGACUCGGCCUGAACCAUGGAGGAGAGUCACAAUAAUGUCAAUCAGGCUCAUGUCCUGUUUGACCGGUUUGUCCAGGCCAGCACCUGCAAGGGGACCCUCAAGAGCUUCCAGGAGCUAUGUGAUUAUUUGGACUUGAAGCCCAGGGAUUAUCGGUCCUUUUACCACAAGCUGAAGUCUAAACUCAACUACUGGAAGGCCAAAGCCCUCUGGGUUAAGCUGGACAAAAAGGGGGGGCACAAAGACUACAAGAAGGGCAAAGCCUGUACUAACACUAAGUGUUUGAUCAUUGGAGCUGGACCCUGUGGUCUGCGCACAGCGAUAGAGCUUAGCUUUCUGGGAGCUAAAGUGGUUGUGGUGGAGAAGAGAGAUGCAUUUUCUCGAAAUAAUGUUUUGCAUCUGUGGCCGUUUACAAUCCAUGACCUGCGGGGACUUGGAGCCAAAAAAUUCUAUGGAAAAUUCUGUGCAGGAGCUAUUGAUCACAUAAGUAUCCGACAACUGCAGCUUAUUCUUUUGAAGGUCUCUCUGAUCCUUGGGAUCGAGAUACAUGUGAAUGUGGAGUUUCAGGGAUUGAUAGAACCCCCGGACGACCAGGAGAAUGAGAGGAUGGGAUGGAGAGCAAAAGUUAAUCCCAAAGGACACCCUGUGUCAGAGUACGAUUUUGAUGUUGUUGUUGGUGCAGAUGGCAGGAGGAACACGCUGGCAGGUUUCCGGCGGAAGGAGUUUCGUGGAAAGUUGGCAAUUGCCAUAACUGCAAAUUUUAUCAAUCGCCACACGACUGCUGAGGCUAAGGUGGAGGAAAUCAGUGGUGUAGCAUUUAUCUUUAACCAGAAAUUCUUCCAGGAUCUACGUGAGGCUACAGGGAUCGACCUGGAGAACAUUGUGUAUUAUAAAGAUGACACACACUACUUUGUUAUGACAGCCAAGAAGCAGAGUUUGCUGGAGAAGGGCGUCAUACUGCAGGACUACUCCGAUACAGAAUUGUUGCUGUCACGUGCCAAUGUAGACCAAGAAGCUCUGCUAAGCUAUGCCAGGGAGGCUGCCAAGUUUUCAACUAACCAACAGCUACCCACCUGGGACUUUGCCAUCAAUCACUAUGGCCAACCUGAUGUGGCAAUGUUUGAUUUCACCUGCAUGUACGCCUCUGAGAAUGCAGCCCUUGUACGGGAGAGAAACAACCAUCGGCUACUAGUAGCAUUGGUUGGCGAUAGUCUUCUAGAGCCCUUCUGGCCCAUGGGAACUGGCAUCGCUCGGGGGUUUCUGGCUGCUAUGGACUCUGCUUGGAUGGUACGAAGCUGGUCUCAAGGUGCCAGCCCGAUGGAGGUGUUGGCAGAAAGAGAGAGUAUAUACAGGCUGCUCCCGCAGACCACCCCUGAAAAUGUGAGCAAAAACUUCAAUCUGUACAGCAUUGACCCUAUGACACGUUACCCCAAUGUCAACUUGCAGUUCCUGCGGCCUAGUCAGGUCCGUCAUUUGUACAAUACCGGUGAGAUGAAGGAUUUGAACCUAGAGAUAGGGAAUCUAGUAAACAACAGGACACCAAAACUGGGGAGAAAUGAAUCUGUUGCUCGUUCCAGUAAGCUACUUGGAUGGUGUCAAAAACAGACAGAGGGUUACGCUGGAGUUAAUGUCACUGACCUAACCAUGUCUUGGAAGAGUGGCCUUGCAUUAUGUGCCAUCAUACACCGGAACCGUCCUGAGCUCAUAGACUUUGAUUCUCUGGAUGAGCGAAAUGUAGAGCAGAACAACCAGCUGGCGUUUGAUGUUGCUGAGCGAGAGCUUGGGAUAUCCCCCAUUAUGACUGGAAAGGAGAUGGCUUCUGUGGGAGAACCAGAUAAGCUAUCUAUGGUGGUGUACCUCAGCCAAUUCCAGGAGAUGUUCAAGGAAUCGCCAAACUCAGAGGAUGCUGAUCAGAAUUCAGAUGAGAAGGCUGCUUUCCUUGCCACCACAAAGUCUCCCAUAUCUUUCCUAAGUAAACUAGGGCAGACAAUAUCACGGAAACGCACACCCAAGGACAAGAAAGAGAGAGACAUUGACAGCUCAGGAAAGAGGCGAAAAACCAGCCAAUCAGAAGAUGAAGAAGGACCCCGGACACAGAGGGAGGAGAGGCCGUCACUAGUCAGUUCACUAACUGAUCGACGUAUUGAUGUUGCUGUUGGGAACCAGAACAAGGUGAAAUCAAUGGCUACUCAGCUUCUAGCAAAGUUUGAGGAGAACGCUCCUGCCCCUAAUGCAGGAAUACGCAAACAGAAACCCAUCCUACCUUAUCAAGAGCGCUUGCAAUACGAGGCUCUCCACAGGCAGAAAGAACCUCUGUGGAAACAGCCCAGGAAUAACCACCGUUCUCGGACUUGCCCUAAAAAGAUCAUCACCCUGUAUUCGUCUGUACCUUACUCAGUCCUGCAGAAAAACCUGGUGUCCACGAGUGACCGUGGAGAGCAGUGUCCCAGCCCGGACAGGCUUGACUCAGAGACCCUUCGCCGUACCCCUCUUGACCAGUGGCAGCAAUCCCUCACCCUGCGCUCCUCCGACCGCCCCUCCUCCCCUUCAUCUGACUCCAUCCGACAGAAGUACAUAAAGAUGUACACAGGCGGAGUGAGCUCAUUGGCUGAACAGAUAGCCAAUCAGCUUCAAAAGAAGGAGACUCCCAAGCCACUGUUUGGGAAGAAAGUGACGUCCUUCAGGAAGGAAUUUCCACAAAACCUGGGCGGUAGCGAUGUCUGCUACUUUUGCCGCCGGAGAGUGUAUGUGAUGGAACGGUUGAGUGCAGAAGGAAAGUUCUUUCACCGCUGCUGCUUCAAAUGUGACUACUGCAGCACCACGCUGCGCUUGUCUUGUUACGCUUAUGAUCUUGAAGAUGGAAAGUUUUACUGCAAACCUCACUACUGUUAUCGGAGAUCUGGGUACAGCCAGAGGAAAAGACCAGCAGCUCCUGUCCUUGUAGGGAAGGAAGUUAAAGGGACUGUGAAAGACACCCCAGAUGCUGAAACUCCAGGAAGUCUGACUCCACUGCCACCUGCUGUUGUAGAGAAGACCCCAGGCCCCAGCAUGAAUGGUGUGGAAGAUCACAGUAUGGCCAAGCGCCUACGUGCCACUCCUGAGAGAAUAGAGCUGGAGAAUUACCGCGUGUCGUUGCAACGUGAGGAACUGGAGGAAGUACCAGAGGAAACCCUUGCAGAGCACAAUCUCAGCAGCCUUCUGGACAAGGGGGAGGAGCAGGAGGCAGCCAGCAGCAGUUCUGAGUCGGAGAUGGAGGAAGAGGAGGAAGAGGAGGAUGAUGAAGCUGAGGAUUUGGGGCCAUCCUCAGACUUAGGCGGUGUGCCAUGGAAGGAAGCUGUGAGAAUUCAUGCCAAGUUAAAAGGGCAGGACGGGGAAGAACUCGUUGCCACUGAGAAAGCCCAGGAAGCAGGUGGUAGCGAGGAGGAUGAGGAAGAGGAUGAAGAGGAGGAUGAAGACGGAUCUAGUGAAGAAGGUGAGUAUUGUCCCUGGGACAGAGAACUCCAGCAGGGUCUGUGGCUUCAGCGUAUAACUGAGGAAGAUACAGUUGGUACAUUCAAAGCUGGGAACCUCAAGCUCCAGCAGGCUCUCUCACCUGUGGACCCUAUGGAAAUUAAAGCAGAUGUACAUUGGACACAUGUCCAUGAGGUUAAGGAAGAUCAAGAAGGGGUUAAGAAUGAGGUUGAAAGAGAGAGCUCCUCGUCUAAUUCUGAAGCGGUCAAUCUCCCCUCCCAGCGUCUAGACCCCAUACAAGCAUGGCUGGAUUCUGUAUCUAGAGCUACAUGUGAGGAUGCUGUAGCGGAGGAGGAAGAGGAGAUGGGCACUGGCCCUGCAGAGGCUGAAGCAGGCGGUGAUGGGGACACCUCAGCAGAUCUUGGUGAUGAUGACGACAUUCCUUCAGAUGCAGAGGCUGAAGAAAGACUUCAGAUCAUAGAGAGGCAGAAGCUGAAACUAUAUAUUGGCAAAGAGGCUGAGAAGCCGGCUCAGCAAGGUACAAAAAGAGGUCCCAGUACAAUAACAGAGACACCUGCAGCUGACGUUUUCUCUCCAGUCAGGAGUCCAAAAUCUGAGAAGGAUGUGAAAUCUCCAAGAAGUAGAUUUUUUCAUGAUCCAUUCCUUCCAGAGGACAGUUGCAAAGUGACCUCACCAGUAGAAAGAAAAUUACAGACUCCUCUCUCCCCUGUUUGCUCCCAGCCAACUUCGCAAGAACCUGUUGCUCCAACAUCCCCAAUUAAAUCUUCUCUUCUAAAUAUUUCACACCCCCUCAGUUCCCCUAUAACCCCUAUCUGCUCUCAGCCUUUACCAUCCACAGAAAUGACUAUCAGCCCUCCAGCAAUGUCUCCUGUGUGUCUUCAGCCCUCACCAGUAAUAACUUCUACCCCUUUAGCCAAACUGCCUUUUACAACCCAUGUUGGGGGUACAGAGGAAGUGACCAGCCCCAACACAGAAGAGGCUCUUAAGCGUAUUGACUUAAUUGAAGAAUUUUGGAUGAAAAGUGCUGAAAUACGGCGUAGUCUUGGCCUGACUCCUGUGGACAGAGGUCGUCCUCCUGAAGUCAGCUUCUCUGCUCUUGAAACCAGUUCUUCACGUCCCCGUGUGUCUAAGCCAUUGCCUGAGGAUUUGAAGUCUCCUACCAUAAAGCCUCACUCAGUCUCUCGGAGAACUAAUGCCACUUGUUUGAAUACUGAAACGCUUUCACCCCUUACCCCAAUAUCUCCAUCUGAGAAGGAGUUGAAGAGCUCAGAAGCUGAACGAAAAGACCUUUCAACCAGUUCUGGAUUAGGACUGAAUGGUAGCAUAUCAAAUACCCGCACUGUAGCAAGUGAAAGCUUCAACACCUCAGAUUCAACAAUGUUGACCCCUCCUUCCAGCCCUCCUCCACCCCCUCCCCAAGGGGAAGAGCCAGCCACACUGCACAGAGGCCAGGCUCGUUGGCAAAAUGGACCAGAAGCCAUCUCACCACCAAGCCCUAUAAAGAGCAAAUCCACUGAACCUCCAAAGUCCCCAUUAAGAAAAGAAGAAGCAAGGAAGUCUUUUGUGGAGAGUGUGGAUGAGAUCCCCUUUGCAGAUGAUGUAGAAGACACCUAUGAUGAGAGGACAGAGAAUUCAAGUCUCCAAGAGAAGUUCUUUACUCCUCCAACUGUCUGGUUGAAACCACAUCGAGCAGGGUUGGCCAAGGAGAAUGGAGAUCUGUUACCAUCACUUGAUAGGGGUUCUCACAGAAAAAGGGUUCUUCCAAAAUUGACUCUGGAGGCUAAGGAGCUUGCAGAAGAGCGAUUGAGGGAGCGAGAAAAGUCUGUUAAGAGCCAAGCACUUAAGGUUGCUAUGGCACAACAGGUGAACAUGAUGAAGCAAUUGGAAAUUGCAUCAGCUGUCAGUACGCCAAAGAGCUCUAUUGUUCCAAACUCCACUUUAUCAAAUGAGCCCUCAGCUGGUUUGUCUAAAACUAGGGCACAGACAGAGGUACAAACCCUUAAACUGGAGACCUCAUCAGAGCAUUUCUUGUCCCCACCAGCUGCUGAUGGCUCUGUUACUUCAUCGGAGGGUUCUGGAGGUAAGCCGAAGAAAAGACCUUCAUUGUUUUCCCCAAGAAAAAAGGAGAAGAAACCAAAGGCAGAGUCCAAACGGCUUUCUGAUAAACAGGUAUUUGAGGAGGGCACAAAGCCCAAGUCCCUAUGGAAGUCAGUCUUCUCUGGCUACAAAAAGGAAAAGAAGAAGAAGAUAUUGGAGGAUGGGUCUUCUCAAAGUACACUUUCUAGCAGCAACACGGUGGACUCUGGGAAAGCCAAGAUGGCCAGCAUUAUUCAAGGAGCAGACCUGCCCCUAAGACGGCAUCUAAGUUUUUCAGAGGAUUCUGAUCUGUCGAGUGAUGAUGUCCUGGAAAAAUCUUCCCAGAAGUCCAAACGUGAGUCGGUGUAUGUGCCCCACGCCUUGGCAUUCAGAAGGUCAUACUCAUCAAAGAAAAACUACACUGAUGAGGAGCUGAAUGCAAAGCUGACGCGGCGUGUGCAGAAGGCUGCUAGGAGGCAGGCCAAGCAGGAGGAGCUAAAGAGGUUGCACAAAGCGCAGAUUAUUCAGCGUCAGCUGGAGCAGGUUGAGGAGAAACAGCGGCAACUUGAAGAAAGAGGAGUGGCCGUGGAGAAAGCACUUCGAGGAGAAGCAGACUAUUGGGGAGAGUCUUAUUACAGUGACCUCAUCGAUUUGCAUCUAGCUGUUGAUCCCAUUGUGGGGACUCCACGCCGCAGACCUCUCUCCUUCUGCCCCUGCUGUGCCCAUGAAGGCAUGGGCAAGAAAGAUGAUCCCAAACUGAUGCAGGAAUGGUUCCGACUAGUACAGGAGAAGAACGCAAUGGUCCGUUAUGAGUCAGAGCUCAUGAUAUUUGCACGAGAGCUGGAGCUGGAAGACAGACAGAGCAGAUUACAGCAGGAGUUGCGAGAACGUAUGGCAGUGGAGGAUAACCUGAAAACUGAACAGGAACUUGUGGAGGAAAAGAAGAUUCUCAAUGAGAUGCUAGAUGUGGUCGAGCAGAGGGACGCCCUAGUGGCAUUGCUGGAAGAGCAGAGGCUACAGGAGAAAGAAGAGGAUAAAGAUCUGGAGGAGGUUAUGUUAUCUAAAGGCUUCAACUUGAACUGGUCCUGAGAUUUGCUCACUCUCCUAAUGGACUGAGAAAUCAGACUAGGAGGUUCUGACCCCCUUUUAUUUGGGCAAAAAGCAGGGAUAAGUACAGAACUACUAAAGUGAGGAGACAGUGCCCAUUAAGCUGUUACAUGCAACAGCACCUACACUGCCAGAAGAGGUCACAAUUCAUUGUGGUCCUACGUGGCAGAGAAAAAGGUUUAAAGAGAGACAUUGUUACAUGAGGCAAUGCCACCCCUGAUAUGUGAUUGCUGAGGUUAAAUCCGCUGAGCUGCUUCACUGUAUGCAUCCACGUGCAGGUUAGCCGCUUGGCUGACCUUGGCAGCAAUAUGUUAAUGGAGGAACAUGGCCCUAACCCCCUAUAGGGUGUCAUUCACUUAGCUUGUAGCAGUUGCACACAGACACAAUUUUACAUCUUUUAUCUUAUUUUUUUUAACAAUACUUAGCUCCUUGAAUGGUGUUUUUUAUGGGGUAAUUGGUCUACUACUAGGGCAGGUUCCUUGCAAAAGAUGCUUUUUAUGAGGAUUAGUUUGCUGAGCUCUGGAAUCAAGCCCUACAUCUUUUUAAUGUUGUCUAUGCAGACCAUCUUUUUUUUUUUUUUUUUUUUUUUUCCUGCUACUUAUUUUUUUAAGCAGAUUCCCUGCCGACCCGCUAGAUUACAGAAAGGAUAAUCCUAUGCGUUACAACUGCUAGCCCCAGUAGUCACAAUGGUAACUUGUAUUUCAUACCUAACUGGGGCUUUAUGUCAAGGAGAAAUAGUACUGAAGACCAUCACUGGAUUACACAAUGUUGCUCUUCCAGCAUGAUAUUUCAGUUUUUUGUGUGUGUGGGAGGGGUUUUGUUGUUGUUUUUUAAACUUAAAUCUUCCCAUGCUGAAGGGCUGAGAUAUAUGUUGCUCUUACAGGUGCCUUCAGAGCUGCCAAGGUUACUUUUAUAUAUUUACACUAAUGUAGCACAGACCAUGAGGAGCAGGGAUUUGUACCAGUGUCAAGCGGAGUAACUUUAUGGAACAAGAACAGUUAGAGUAGUCGUGAGUGGGGGUGGAGGAAUUUAAACAGGUUCAUUGCCAGGAGAAUUAUUUCCGGUAACUUAAUAGUUAAACUAUGAUUUUAUGGUUUGCCUUUUGUACUUUCGUAUUUUAUGUUCGACUGAAUCUUAAAAAAAAAAAAAAGUUUCCAAAGACUUUUACCUUAUUGUGUGACUGUGUAAAAUAUGGAUCAAUGUGUAUCAAUUCACAAUUUGUGGAUAAUGCCUGCUCUCCAUAGUUCUACAUACAGGGUUAAAAAACAGUAAUUAUAUAGUAAUAUCUUCGAUUCAUAGCUAGAACAAGCAAACUACAAGAGAAUCUAAUGUUAACCUCUUAGAUGACCUUUGCAACCCUCGUCGGCAGUCAAAAGGGUUAAUCAAAACAAAACUAUGAACCAUACUUUAAAGGAUAUUCUUUUGGCAAUCCUGAUUAAUUAGCAGUAUCUCCUUACUAUCCUUUUGUUAAGGACAAAUCCUCCUGUCUCAUAAAUAAUGAAACUUUCCCUUUGAAUGAAAAAAUCCCAAUGUCACACACACACUUCUUGUGACUAUCCACUUUUUUUUUUUUUUUUAUCCCUUAGAAAAUAGAUGACGAGUGUGCGCUCUACGUGUUUAUAGAUCAGUGAGCAUGUUCUAUAUAUAAAUAUAUAUAUAUAUAUAUAUAUAUAUAUAUAUAUAAAUCAUCACAAUUCAUAAAGUUUGUUUAAGCGAUACCAUUUAAGUGUAUCAGAAACAGCGAAGUAAUGUGUCCUUUUGCCUGCUUGAAAUCUGGGGAGUUACGAAUGUUAUCUGCUAAAUUUAGGCUAAAUUACUUCUCCUGUUUAAUCCAAUUGCAAUCCUAAACUUCCAGUUCUUUACAAAGGUGACUGCCCCCAUGAAUGGCCUACUCCAUAAUGCAGGAGUUUCUUGUAAGGAAAGCAAUAUGGACGUUGUAUUUACUUGUUUACAGUCGUCCUUACAAACUUUUUUUUUUUUUGUAAAUGAUUCCUAGUUUGCAGAUCUGGUGUGUACCACAACUUGGUAUCAUACACAGGGGGCUCUUUUAUCAUCCAUAAGAAUUGAUUUGUCCUUUUUUUUUCUUUUUUUUCGUCAGUGCUAGCAUAUAAUAGUUCUUUACAAGCCAUUGGAAAACCAAGUUAAUUAAUUUUUUUUUUUUUUUUUUUUUUUUUUACUUCACAAGAACACGCCAUAGAUUUUGUAUUAAGAAUUGUCGGCAAAUGUAUUCAGAUCCGUCUGGGGAAGAAGAAAAAAAAAUAUUUAAACAGUUUUUCCAUCUUAAUGGGAGAAGAGUCCACUGCUUCAUUUAUUACUUGUGGGAAUUAAGAAACUGGCCACCAGGUUCUUAAUUCCCACAAGUAAUGAAUGAAGCAGUGGACUCUCCUCUCACAGAUGGAAAUGAAAUGAUCAGGUAAGCAUAAUUUAUGUUUUCACCCAGUUUUUGGGUCUAACAAACCUGACCAUUUUUGACCAGCAUAUGUGGUCAUCUCACGUUAAGAACUUUCUGCUUAAAAAAAUACUUUAAAAUAUAGAGCAAAUCACAUUUUUAAAUAAUGAAACCCGUAGACAGCGAAGAUAUAUUCAGACGUAAAUUUAUAAGUGCAGUUUUUACUUUUUUCUUAUAAACUGUAGGCUUAAUUCAUUUAAACAACCCCACCUACCUUUGGACUGUAAAUUAAUAGAAAAAGGAGAACAAAAAAAUUCUUGUUUUAUAAUUUGAACUUUUUGUGCAGCAAACUCUUAUGGAUUUGAAUGUGAGCCUUCGUUAUUCCCUGUGUUUUACAUGUUCUUUGGGAAACUCUGAAAAUAAUACAGGACCGUUAAUACUGUUUCUGUACUAAACAUUUCACGGCAUACUGUUUCCAGAUACAUGCAUUAUACAAAGGUUUUUUCAGAAAAAGGAUUAUGAUAUAGUUUCAUAUCUUAUAGCUUAACACUGGAUAUUUUAGCCUAUAGAGACAAAUCCCAUUAAUAUAUAUUUUAGUAAUAUAUAAUUGCUUUUUUGUUACAUAACCUUUUCUAAUUGUCUUAAAGUUUCAGAAACGAGAAAAAAAAAAUUCUUAUUGGAAUUUAGUUUUGAGUGAUUUUAAGUAGAUAAGAUAAAGUACAAACCAUUACAAAGAGGUCAUAUUUGGGAAUUCAGCUGGGUUAUUGUCAGAUUAUCACACUAUUAAAAAUAGUGUCAUGUCUGAAAAUUUCAAAACUAAACAAGAACUGGAUCUUUAAACAGUGUUAUCUGGAAUUUCCAGCACAUUCUGAAAAUCACUUUUUUUUUACAUGGAUAAAGUCAUAUUUAUAAGUUUGCGUAUGUUUGUGUUUGUGUGUGUAUAUGUAUAUAUAUAUAUAUAUAUAUAUAUAUAUAUAUAUAUAGUGUGUGUGUGAAAUUUUAAAACUUAAUAUAAAUACCGUAUUUAAUAUCUAGCAAAGGAGGAUUUAUAAAUGUGUCCUAUUAUGUAUGCCAUUAAAUUCUCGGUUGUAAUACAAAUGUUCCCGGUUGUAAUACAAAGAAGCAGAAAUUCAGCUAUUCAGAAUGAGAACGCUUUGCUAUUGGAAUAUGUUGUUGUUUUUGGACCUCAUAUCUUUUGCAUUGUGAAGAGAAUAGAGUAAACCCAGAAAUGAUAUUCUUCACAGAAUGUAAUUUUGUUUUUUAUUUUAUGUAUAUGAAAUAUACAGCUAUACAUUUGUUUUCUGCUUUUAUGUUGGUAUAUAAUCUCAAUUUAAUCCAUAGCCUAUUAUCACUAGGAUUAGUUUUACACCUUGUAUGUGAGAUAUAAGGGAAAUGCUUCUGAAGUUAAAUUAUUUUAAUUCGCUUUUGUUGAUAUUUUAUUUACUGCUGGGAGCUAUAGUGUUUGUAUUAUAGUGGCGCAGAUUCCCACUUUUGGUGUGAGAAGUUGUGAUUGUGUAUUCACAAAAUAUUACAACAUUAUUAUUAUUUUUUAGUAAAUACAGUAAUCUUUGAAAAGUAUGUGUAGUAGGGGUUAUUCAGUAUUACUGAAAUAAUUGGUUUCAAUUUAUGAACUUCGACACAACCGUAUAUUGGACAAAGACAUUUCUUGUGCAUCUGUCCAAUCAUAGCUGCUCAAACGUGUUGCAAGAAUCCGCAUGUACACUCCAACAUCCAGAAGAGGUGGGGUUCUGCCAGAAUACAAACGGUACAAUUCCCAGCGUGAUUAAAUUAUCAAUGCAAAAAUAAAUGGGAAUAUUUCUACAUAUAUUUUUCACCUUUCUUCAAGCUCCUGUAUAAAGAAUGUAAUUUAUUAAAAGAAUAGCAGCUCUUUAAUAGUGUUUGAUCUUUGUUCCAGCAGAAAGCUUGGAUUUGUACAUUUCCUAUGCCAAGAGGGUGGGUAUAAAUGUAACUAUGACACUGCUCUUAUUGAAACUAUAAUGGAAGUAAAUGUUGAUUUUCUGGCUGUAAUACCCUAAUGAGCACUGUCACAAUUUGAUGCAUAACCCGUUUGUAUGUCUUAUAAUCCCACAGGUUAUAAUCAAAAUACCCCAAGCUUUAUUUUUAUUUUAUUUUUUGCGCAAACACUGUUUUCACUUGUUUUGUCUAUUAACUUAUUUUUUUAAUACUUGAAAGACAAGUUGCUGUUUUUAUAUAUAAAGAUUCAUAAGAGUU